AUGUUCUCCGACACCAACGUACGAGAAGAGCUACGCCGAACGAAGAGAGAGCUGAAACGUCUCCGCUUAGCGUUGCCGAAGCUCAUGAAACCAACAGAACUUCUUCAACGUAUUUUGACCAGCUGCAUCAUGAUAUAUCGUCUCUCUCCAAGUUCACGCGAUACGUUAGGAGAAAUCGAGCGCGACGCGCAAAUUCUAGAGCUUAGAUCCGAAACCUGCGAGCUUCGCUUCCUCUACAUAAGACAGUGCCUCAGAACCCUUUAUGCCGUGGUGCCAAUACUCAUAGCCACCGGAAAGACGUCAGUGGAGAAAUGGGACGCAAUGAUGGAGCUCAAGCAGUACUACUAUGACAAUGAAGGUCGUCGUCAGGACAUGCUCAUACAUCAAGCUACGAUGGAAGCCAUAAUUGAAGACCAGCUGAACUCCAUCAACAACCUCAACGCGGCCUUGAAGUCCACACGGAUCACGUUGAUGAGCGAAGAAAGGACUCGUCGAGAAUCUAGUGAAACAAAAAUAACGGAAUCCAUGAAUGCCGUGAUACAUGCCAUCGAAGAAAUCAAUAGGAAGAUGAAUUCCGCAACCAUUCCUCCACCUGCUAUCCCGGAGGCGGAAGCCAUCGACGACGACACACGACGUCGAAGUCACAACGUCGAGGAAGAAGCCGAACCCAUGGAGAUUUCGAACCAAGUCGACCAACAAGAACGUGAUACAUUGGAAGUGAAAAGAAGAGCUUUGGAAGCGAAGAUCCAGAGAAUCGAGAUGAAAAUCAACUCGUUGCGUAAAGACUUGCCUUGCAACCCCAGAAAGUUCAUCACAGGACUGGACCGAGCCAAGGAAAAGGGAAUGCGGUGUGUAUUUUGCGGGACACCGGGAGAUCACUAUAGCGAUUCGUGCGGAAGAAUCCGGGAUAGUCACACGAGGAAAACUCUGUUGGCGGAAAGCUCCAGGUGCGAGAAAUGUUUAGAGAUCGGUUGUGAUGGUACUGAAACAUGUCAAAAGUAUUGGAAUAAGUGCUUUCACUGCGGCGAGCUGGACCACCAUUCAGCCGUAUGUGAGAAACCGGACGUGGCGCUGAAAAUACUAGAGGAGAUCCACCAACUCAUCGUGGAAAUCAUACGCACAAGGGACAACAUCAACAGCAUCCGGAAAAGGCUAAGAAUGGCACCGUUCCGUACCCUCUUUUAG